AGACUAAAAAACUUCUUAUAAACGCACACUCUCACUAUCUCACCAGGAAGCCGCGCGAGAAUGAUGAUGCAAUCAAUCUAAACCCCUUGAUCAAACACGUUACACAUUACACACAUACCUGAUAAUCUAUACAUACUACACACACAAACACUCUCUCUUAUAUAUACAUGUAUUCAUCCUUUAGGGCUCCAAUUAGUCUCAAACAGUUGAACUUCUUCUAGCCCUAAACUCUGAAAAUACUCACAUAGCUUGUUAAAUUGCAGGUGUUUGUUUAUGAAAUUACAAUGAGGUAAUGUGGAAGCAGAGAUGAAGGGAUUCGAUCUGUAUAAAUCUUCAAUUCUGGUAAAAUCUGUUGGAUUUGUGUUUCUAGUUAUAGCUUUCUUUUACAUAGGUAAACGCUGGUCCGGUUAUAAUUAUGAACAAGUUAUUUUCUUCAAUUCUAACUCAAAUGCACUUCCCAAAACCCUAACAGUCUCAAUUUCCCCAAAUUCCAAUAAAACGGUAGAUAUUAUUCCUCUAAUUAACAAUACAAUUGAAGAACAAACCCUAGAAGAUCACUCAUUAGCUCCGGUUCCGGUUCCGCAACCGCAUUCGCUUACGCGGUCGCCUCCACCGCCGCCACCGCCUCCGGCGGUGCAGCGGAUGGGGCUGGUGGAUGAGAAUGGGGUGAUGAGGAAUGAUUUUGAGGUAGGGGAGUUUGAUCCAGAUGUGUUGGAGAAGUGGAACAACGAGACGGAUGCGAUGAAUGUUGACGAUGGAGUUAGGGUUAGGGUUGGGAUAGUGCGGAAGUUUGGAAAGUGUCCGGCGAGUAUGAGGGAGUAUAUACCGUGUUUGGACAACGUGGAAGCGGUUAAGAGAUUGAAAUCGACGAAGAAAGGGGAAAAGUUCGAGCGACAUUGCCCUGAGAAAGAUAAGGAGUUGAAUUGUUUGGUACCGGCGCCCAAGGGUUAUAAAGCUCCAAUCCCGUGGCCGAGAAGUCGCGAUGAGGUGUGGUUUAGCAACGUUCCACACGCACAGUUAGCUGAAUAUAAGGGUGGUCAAAAUUGGAUCGUUGUAAAUAAGGAUAAAUUCAGGUUUCCUGGAGGUGGCACACAGUUCAUACAUGGAGCCGAUCAGUACAUAGAUCAGAUUUCAAAGAUGAUUCCGGAGAUUGCAUUUGGGCAUCAUACUCGUGUAGUUUUAGAUGUUGGAUGUGGUGUUGCAAGUUUUGGUGCGUAUUUAACGUCAAGAGAUGUACUCACUUUAUCUGUAGCUCCAAAAGAUGUGCACGAGAAUCAGAUUCAGUUUGCACUUGAGCGUGGUGUGCCUGCAAUGGUGGCUGCUUUUGCAACAAGACGGUUGCUUUAUCCAAGCCAGGCUUUUGAUUUGAUUCAUUGUUCACGAUGUAGAGUUAAUUGGACUCGUGAUGAUGGGAUUUUGCUGCUUGAGGUCAACAGAUUGCUUCGGGCAGGUGGUUAUUUUGUCUGGGCAGCGCAACCAGUUUAUAAGCAUGAACCACUCCUAGAACAACAAUGGGAAGAGAUGAUGAACCUUACGAAUCGCCUUUGUUGGAACCUUGUGAAGAAAGAGGGAUACAUUGCAAUAUGGCAGAAACCCCUCGACAACGAUUGCUAUUUAACCCGUGAUUCCGAGACCCAACCCCCGUUAUGUGAUAACCAGGAUAACCCAGACAAUGUUUGGUAUGUUGAUUUGAAACCAUGUAUCACCCCUCUCCCUGAGGAUAAAUCUGGAGCAAACGUCACCACAUGGCCCGCACGAUUGCAUGUUCCGCCUGCAAGACUCCAAACCAUAACUUUUGAUGCAUUUAUAUCUAGAAAUGAUUUGUUUAAAGCCGAAUCAAAAUAUUGGAAAGAAAUAAUCGAUGGUUAUGUCCGGUCUAUGCAUUGGAAAAAAUUUAAACUCAGAAAUGUGAUGGACAUGCGAGCUGGAUUUGGAGGAUUUGCAGCAGCCUUGAUUGAUAAUCAACUAGAUUGUUGGGUUAUGAAUGUUGUUCCUGUUAGCGGUCCAAACACCUUGCCUGUUAUUUACGACCGAGGACUUCUAGGCGUUAUGCAUGAUUGGUGUGAACCGUUUGAUACGUACCCAAGAACCUAUGAUCUCUUGCAUGCAGCGGGUCUGUUUUCAGUUGAACAAAAAAGAUGCGGUAUUUCAAGUAUCAUGCUUGAGAUGAACAGAAUAUUGAGACCUGGGGGGCGUGUGUACAUUCGUGAUUCUGUGUCGGUGAUGGAUGAACUUCAAGAAAUCGGGAAGGCGAUUGGUUGGCGUGUAACCAUAAGGGAUACAGCUGAAGGGCCUCAUGCAAGUUACAGAGUCAUGGUAUGCGAUAAACGCCUCAAGUAAUAAACUUAAAACACAAUUCUGUGCCAUUUUUAUAACUAGUGAAGCAAAUGAUUUAAUAGCAAAUUUCUUGACAGUCAUGUAGUAUUUAUUUUAUUCUUCCACCUUCAGUUUUUACAGUUAUACAGGCACAAUGUAUAAAUUCUUAGUAAUUACUACGCUUACAGUUUUAAUGGUUGUAUUAAGGGUCUUCAUGAACUGUAUGAGAACUAUUCAAACUGAAGCAAAUUGGCAUG